UGUACGAAGGGACAUUUCCAUUUUGACCAGGCUCCCGACAACAUAUCAACCGCUUCUCAAUCUAAUAAUUCAUCAUGACUUUGUUCAGUAUUGACAAUCUCGCUCAGAGUGACUGCAAGCCAAGCCGUUUCAGUCCAGAGGUGCGAUAUCAUCCUAAGAUGAAAGUUCUUGUUCAUCGAGAAGAGCGGUCUGAUGACAGGUCUUCUAGCCCUGAAAGCAGCACUGGAGCUCUGAGUCCAUCAGAUAACACCAGCUCAGGGGCUUCAUCCAUCUGUGAUAGCCCACCAUCAUCCAAGAAACCUCCUCAUUCAUACAUCGCUCUGAUUGCUAUGGCUAUCAUCAACUCACAGGAGAAGCGUCUAUUGCUUUGUGACAUUUAUGAAUACAUCAUGAAACACUUUCCAUUCUUCAAGGAUAACGAACGGAGCUGGAGGAACAGCAUUCGUCACAAUCUCUCCCUCAACGAGUGUUUCAUCAAGGCUGGGCGUAGCGGAGAUGGCAGAGGACAUUUUUGGGCCAUCCAUCCUGCCAACCUGGAGGACUUCGCCAAGGGUGAUUACAGAAGACGUCAAGCUCGUCGCCGAGCUCGAUCAGCCAGUUAUUCUCCUUAUGCCUAUCCAUCAGUGAUUCCUGGCCCGAUCCACCCCGGUUACAUCCCGAUGACGUAUGCUCCUCAUCCUGAUAUGAUCACCAAGUCACACCUAGCCAUGUUCUCUGGGGUUCAUCCUCUCACUAUAUCAACUCAUCAUCCAGUCAGUGCUGCCUUGUACACUCCACCUCAUAUGCCAACAAGUCAUCCUUACUGCCUGCCUUCGACUGUUCCUGCGGCCUAUCUCCCGAGUAUAGCAGAGAGGAUACCCCUCACCAUCCCGAGCCCGAUGUUCUCCAAUCCGAUGACAUCAUCCAUGAGUUCAUCGACCACCACCAGUGAUGCAGCAGGAUAUCGUCUCGCUCAUGGGAUCAGUCCUAGUGUCAUGUAUCCAUCGUACUCCAAGUCAUCAUCGCCACCGUCCAUGCUACCAACGGCGUCAACUGCUGCAUGGUCUUCGGGAGGUCUGCGAUCUGUUAGCCUAACGCUGAAAACUUAAAGAUGGUGAACUCUAGAACUGUUAUUCUUAACAUGCAAUUAAUGAGGCAUGUGGACUCGUUAUUGAGAUGAAAUGACUUUUCAUCAAAAUCAUCUUGUACAUAUUUCACUGCAUUUUCUAGAAUUUAUGUUGUAUACAUUUAUUUCUGAAAAACAUGUUUUUCAUCAAAUCAA